AUGAGCAGCAGCUAUAACAAGGACUACACGCCCCGGCUUUCGACCGACGGCCUGUACAGCCCCGUUUUCGAACACGAAGCCUGCGGAGUUGGACUCGUCGCCAACAUAAGAGGCAGGAAGUCGCACGCUGUCAUCGAACAGGGUCUCGAAGUGCUGAUAAAUCUCGGUCAUCGAGGCGCCUCAGGGGCCGACCCUGAGACCGGAGAUGGCGCCGGCAUCAUUAUCCAGAUGCCUCACGAGUUCGUCGCGGCGGCAUUCGGCGGAAUCGGCAUAUCGGUGCCGGAGCUGGGCAGCUACGGUGUAGGCAUGACUUUCCUACCUCGGGAUGCCGAAGAGCGAUCCCGAUGCGAGGCAGCCGUCGAAAGGAUCGUCGCGGCGGAGGGCCAGCGCUUUCUGGGAUGGCGUGAUGUUCCCGCCUCGCCUGGCAGGAUUGGGACUCUGUCCGCGCGUGUGAUGCCGACCAUCAGGCAAUUCCUCGUUGGACGCUCCGAGUCCACCGAAUCAGGUCGAGAUUUCGAGCUGCGCCUAUUGGUCAUUCGCAAGCAGAUCGAGAAGGCGAUUCUGGGAGACGACCUCUCGGCGCAGAGCGACUUCUACGUAUGCAGCCUGUCGUCGAGGACCAUUGUUUAUAAGGGUCUGGGCAACAUCAACUGGAUGGCCGCCAGGGAGAAGAACUUCGAGUCCGACAUCUUCGGCGACGACGUCGGUAAGCUAACUCCGAUAGUCACGCCGCUGCAGAGCGAUACCGCCACGUUGGACAACGCCCUCGAGGCGCUUCUGGCGUCUGGACGCUCUCUGGACCACUCGAUGAUGAUGCUGAUCCCCGAGGCGUGGGGAGAUCACAUACCUAUGGAUCAGGCCAAGAAGGGCUUCUACGAGUUUCACUCGUCCAUGAUGGAGCCGUGGGACGGCCCCGCGCUGGUCAUUGCAACUGACGGCGACAAUGUCUGCGCCGUGCUCGAUCGCAACGGUCUCCGACCAUGCCGCUACCUGGUGACGACGGACGACAUUCUGGUCAUGGGGUCCGAGACUGGCGUGCUGGACGUGCCCGUCGAGAAGGUCCUCUAUAAGGAACGCAUUUACCCUGGUCGCAUGUUCAUGCUCGACACAGAGCGCGGGGAGAUAGUGCAGGACUCCGAGCUCAAGGCCAACCUCUCGGCGAGACGUCCUUAUGGACAGUGGCUCGAAGACAACAUGGUGCUCCUGGAAGACCUUCCAAAUCCGGCAGAUGUCCACGGCACAGACUUUGCCACUCUCGCUCGUAGACAGGCGGCGUUUGGGUACACGCUUGAAGACCUUCGUGUGAUCCUGGAGCCGAUGGCCUUAACGGGCGCGGACCCGGUCGGCUCGAUGGGUACGGAUGUCCCACUGGCGAUCAUGUCAGACCAGUCCCCCGUGCUGUUUCACUACUUCAGACAGCGGUUCGCACAGGUGUCGAACCCGCCUCUGGAUUCGAUCCGCGAAGAGCUUAUUACGUCCACGCGCGCCAUGAUCGGGCGCGAGAGGAAUCUGUUCGACGAAACUCCAGAGCACUGCCGCCAACUCACGAUAAAAGAGCCGUUCAUUACCAACUCUGAUCUGGAGAAGAUCAGGGAGAUCGACGUCAACGGCAUCAGUUCGAAAACCCUUUCAAUGUUGUUCGAUCCCGAAGAGCGUGGCGGUCUGAGGGCGGCGAUGGGCAGGCUCUGUCGGGAGGCAUCGCAGGCCAUCGAAGAAGGGUACUCGAUUCUGAUUCUCUCGGAUCGCGGUGUGGACUCCAAUUACGCGCCGAUUCCCAGCCUGCUGGCCACUGCCGGUGUUCACCAUCAUCUCAUUCGUGAAGGAACGCGGACUCGUUGCGGCCUGGUUGUGGAGUCAGGGGAGCCACGCGAUAUCGCGCAUCUCGCCCUGCUCAUCGGCUAUGGCGCCGGGGCCAUUAACCCAUACCUGGUCUUCGAGUCGAUGGACAACAUGAUUCGUGAGGACUACUUCCUGACCAGCAUCGACUACAAGACCGCGGAGAAGAACUUCAUCAAGGGCGCCCACAAGGGCGUCGUUAAGAUCAUGGCCAAGAUGGGCAUCUCCACUAUCCAGAGCUAUCGGGGCGCGCAGAUUAUUCGAGGCCGUCGGACUCGACGAAGAGUUCAUUGA